CCUCAACUCUCGAUACGGGCCCUUCAACUCCGCCAGACACGUCGCUCGGCUCGCCUUUCAUCUCCAUUUCUCUCUCCCUCAUUCCCGCCGCGGGCCUCUCCCUCUCUCCAUCUCUCAUAUUCCAGCUUUGGGCACCAUGGUUGCCUCUGCUGUCCGGAUGCGCACCCCCAGCGCCAUGUUUCUGUCCAAAGGCGCCCUCUCCCUGAGGCGGCCGCAGGCGGUUCACAGAUUUAAGGACGUUGCCCAGUCGCAAUUGCCUUCCCUUUCCGCCCUUUCCCGCUACUAUGCCUCUAAGUCCUUCCCCCCCCACACCAUCAUCAGCAUGCCUGCCCUGUCGCCGACUAUGUUGGCCGGAAACAUCGGAGCCUGGCAGAAGAAGGCCGGAGACUCCCUGCAGCCCGGUGAUGUUUUGGUGGAGAUUGAGACCGAUAAGGCCCAGAUGGACUUCGAAUUCCAGGAGGAGGGUGUUCUGGCCAAGGUCCUGAAGGAGACUGGCGAGAAGGAAGUCUCCGUUGGUGCUCCCAUUGCCGUCCUGGUUGAGGAGGGUGUCGACGUUGCCGCCUUCGAGGGCUUCAGCCUGGCUGAUGCCGGUGGUGACAAGGCCGCCCCUGCCGCUGAGGAGAGCAAGCAGGAAUCCCAGUCCACCGAUGCUGCCCCUGCCGCGUCUGAGCCCGCUCCCGCUGCCGUGGAGCCCGAGACUUCCGGUGACAGACUCCAGCCCAGUCUUGACCGCGAGCCCGGCAUCAGCCCUGCCGCCAAGGCCCUGGCCCUGGAGAAGGGAGUCCCCAUCAAGGCCCUCAAGGGUACCGGACGUGGUGGCCAGAUCACCAAGGAGGACGUCGAGAAGUACAAGCCCGCCACCGCCGCCGCCGGGCCGACCUACGAGGACAUCCCUCUCACUUCCAUGCGCAAGACCAUUGCUGCCCGCCUCCAACAGUCGACCCGCGAGAACCCCCACUUCUUCGUCUCCACCACCCUGUCCGUGAGCAAGCUCCUGAAGCUCCGCCAGGCUCUCAACGCCUCCGCCGACGGCAAGUACAAGCUGUCGGUCAACGACUUCCUCGUCAAGGCCUGCGCCGCGGCCCUCAUGAAGGUUCCCGCUGUCAACUCCAGCUGGCGUGAGGAGAACGGCCAGGUGGUCAUCCGUCAGCACAACACCGUCGACAUCAGCGUUGCCGUCGCCACCCCUGCCGGCCUCAUCACCCCCGUUGUCAAGGACGUGCAGGGUCUCGGCCUGUCCGGCAUCUCCAACCAGAUCAAAGACCUCGGCAAGCGUGCCCGUGACAACAAGCUCAAGCCUGAGGAGUACCAGGGCGGUACCUUCACCAUCAGCAACAUGGGCAUGAACCCCGCCAUUGAGCGCUUCACCGCGGUCAUCAACCCCCCUCAGGCCGGUAUCCUUGCCGUGGGCACCACCCGCAAGGUGGCCGUCCCCGUCGAGACCGAGGAGGGCACCGUCGUCGAGUGGGACGACCAGAUCGUGGUGACUGGUAGCUUCGACCACAAGGUUGUGGACGGCGCCGUCGGUGGCGAGUGGAUCAAGGAGCUGAAGAAGAUUGUUGAGAACCCCCUGGAGCUUCUUCUCCGCGCGCCCGACGUCGGCGGAAUCUACCGCGAUGAAUCCGAAAGCACGGCGUCGCUGGUCGACGUGGACUCGCCGCACGUGCAGGCCGUGGACGCCGAGUUCCUGCAGCAGGACGUGAAGACGACCACACAGGCGGAGCGCAUCGAGCGCGAAGAAGAGGCGGAGGUGAUCGCCAAAGAACAGAAAGCGAAGGCCAAGGCCCGCGCCAAAGCCAAGGCGAAGGCCAGUUCGGUGCGCCGCAACACCGACAACCCCGUUUACAUUGGGAACGCUCUCAUCCUGGCUCUGGCGGGUGCGGGGCUGGGGUACGGCGCGUACAGGAAGCAUGCGGUGGGACAGCUGUCGUGGGAGCUCGUUGGUUGGGCUUCCGGUGCCGUGGGUGCCUUUGGGGCCGUGGAUUACUUUGUUAGCAAAACAAGCCAAAUCGCCGCGUCUCUCGCCUCCCUCUCCCGCACCGUCGACGACUACUCCGCCUUGUCGAAGAAGGAGCUGAUACUUGAGAAACAAGAGAAGGCGUUCGACCGCGUGAAGAACUUCCGCUCCGAGCUGGCGGAUUACAGACAACAUUUUGAUCGACUGCGGAAGGAACGAGAAGAUGCUCAAUCCGUCACAAACCGCAACGAACUUCUCGGCCGCCGCCCCCACCACACCGCUACGCCCGAAAACCCCUACGCGCAAUCCUCCCUCCCGCCCACGUCCUCCGCCUUCGGCAACCCAUCCUCCCGCGCCGGGCUCAGCUUCGGCGCCUCCCCGGCCGACUACACGCGGGAGACGCACGCUCUGCGCGAGCAGAGCUUCUUGUCGAGCACGAGCACGCAGCUGGACGAGUUCCUGGACCGGGGACGCGCCGUGUUGACGGAUCUGGGGCAGCAGCGGGAGGUGCUCAAGGGGACGCAGCGGCGGCUGUACAGCGUCGCGAAUACGCUGGGGGUCAGCGGGGAGACGAUCCGCCGCGUGGAACGCAGGGCGAAGCAGGAUAAGUGGAUCUUUUGGGGCGGGGUGUUGGUGUUCUUUUUGUUUUGCUGGGGGGUGUUGCAUUUUUUGAGGUAGAUGUGGUGCUUUCUAGGUU